AACAAUAGUAUAAUAAUUAUAAAUAUUAAAAUUUAUUUUAUUGCAUAUCAACAAAAAUAUAGAAGAUACACAAAUAAUAAAUUUUUAAUAAUAACAAUAAUAAUAAUAAUAAUAAAAAUAAUAUAUUAAUAUGUUUUUUUGUAUGUGUAAUUUAAAACCAAUAAUUAACAACUAAUAAAAUAAUAAGGCUAUAGAAAAUAUUGUUUUUUAUAUUUUUUUUCAUUCAAAAUUAUAUAUAUUAAACUACAAAAACACCCAAAGAAAAUUAAAUAAUUAGAUAAUUAUAAAAUAAUAAAUUUAUAAGAAAAAGCAAUAAAAUAGUAAUAAAGAUUGUAAAUAGUAGCACAAAUAUAAUAAAAUGAGAAGAAGUCCCCCAAAACCAUGGGAAACUAAUUCAGGUGGAGCAACAGCAACAGGAGCAGCAUCAAGACCAAUGAGUGGUCCCCAAACAGCAACAAGAGUACCAUCACCAGGAGGCACCACAAAUACACAGAAUAAUAGUAGUACUAAUAAUAAUAUAUCAACAUCAACAAAUGUUGGGGGUCCAUUAGUUACAAGACCUCGUACACCAAUGAGACCAUGGGAAACCGGUGGAGGUGGCAGUGGCAAUGAUUAUUAUAAUAGCAGUAGUAGCAUGGGUGGUUAUGGCAGUGGUGGUUAUGGUAGCGGAGGAUAUGGUAGAAGCAGCAUGGGUGGUUAUGGCAGUAGUGGUUAUGGAAGAGAUUCAUAUAGUAGUGGAUACGGUUCAAGUAGCCUCUAUGGAAGUGGUGGUUAUGGAAGUAGUUAUGGUAGUGGUGGUUAUGGAGGUAGCUAUGGCAGUGGUUAUGGAUCGAGCUAUGGCAGUGGUUAUGGAUCAAGUUAUGGUGGUGGCUACGGAUCAAGCUAUGGUGGUGGUUACGGAUCAAGUUAUGGUGGUGGCUAUGGCGGAUAUGGAAAUAGUUAUGGUGGUGGUUACGGAGGUGGUUACGGUAGAGAAAUGGAUGGAAAAGGAGGUGCAUUACAAAGUGUAGUUUCAAAUGGUCAUUCUUGGAUGGAAGCACUUCAUUCAAUUGUCGAUACCUUUUCAAGAUUUUCUAGAUUAUUGGAUGCAAAUUUUGAUGCGGUUCACGGUUCCUUUGCGUCAAUUAUAAGACUAUGCCAAAGUAUGAGCCAUUUUAAUCAUGAGAUUUUAUCUAUAGUAAAAACAUUUACAUUAUUUAGAAUGUUUCAGAGUGUAGCAUCAAGAUUUAUGAAGGUUUUUAGAUAUUUAUUAGGAAAAAAGGUAAAAAAUAGUAACAAUAGUUUAGUUGUAGGAGGUGAUGGUAGUACUGUAGCUGGUACUAUUGCAAACAUGGAUGUUAAAGAUUUUAGAAAUUUUGAAAGAAAGCCACAAUCAGUUGGAACAUUAAUACUUAUUAUAGCAGUCACAUUUAUAGGUGUACCAAUGUUAAUUGGACAAUUAUUAAAUUUAAAAAGAAGAGGACAAAACUCUAGACUCGACAGAACUUGGGAAGAAGGAACCGAACAAACCAAAGUUAAAGUUUUAUACGAUUUUGAUCCAGAAACACCACGUGAUUUACCACUAAGAGUUGGUGAUAUUGUAACUGUAGUUGAUAAACCAUCAGAUGAUUGGUGGUUGGGUGAAUCAAAUGGUAUAUCUGGUCUAUUUCCAUCGAAUUAUGUAACUAUUCUUGAUGAAAAAUCAGAUCAAAAAAAUCAAAUUAAUAAUAAUAAUAAUAAUAAUAAUAAUAAUAAUAAUAAUAAUAAUAAUAAUUUCAACUCCAGUACCGACAGUUUUAGUAGAAAUAAUAGUAAUAAUAAUUUAAAUAAUUUAAGCAGAAAUAAUAGUUUUAAUAAUAAUAAUAAUUGGGAUCAAAAUUCCGAUUUUAAUAAUAAUAAUAAUAAUAAUAAUGGUUUUGACUAUAGCAAUGGUGCCAAUAAAGGUUACAGUAGCAAUACACUUGACAAUAGUCCCUAUCAGUUACAAUCAAAUUAUAGUAAUAAUAUUGUAAAGAAUAAUAAUAAUAAUAAUAAUAAUAAUAAUAAUAAUAAUAAUAAUAAUAACAGACCAAUAUCCCCUCCAAAAUCUCAAAGAUAUAUGGGUGAACCUUCUUUAGAUGAUUAAAAAACUCAGUAUAUAAUAAUAAUAAUAAUAACCAUAUAAAUUAUAAAUUAUAAUUAUAAUAUCAUUUUCCAUAGUUAAUUUUUUUUUUUUGUGCAAAGAAAAAAAAAAUAAAAUAAAAUUGUAUUUAAAUUUUUUUAAAGUGUUAAUUU